GCCUGGCCGUGCAGAGGCGCGGGAGCCGCGGGAAGCGCACCAUGCCCGGGACGCGGCUGCUGCUCAGCCUGGCUCUCCUCUGCGGCUGCACGCAGCUCCUGGCCGAGGCCAGCUCCUGGUGGUCCUUGGCUAUGAACCCAAUCCAAAGACCGGAGAUGUACAUCAUAGGAGCCCAGCCUGUGUGCAGUCAGUUGCCAGGGCUCUCCCCGGGCCAGAGGAAGUUGUGCCAGCUCUACCAGGAGCACAUGGUGUACAUUGGGGAGGGUGCCAAGAAUGCCAUCAAAGAGUGCCAGUACCAGUUCCGGCAGAGGCGGUGGAAUUGCAGUACAGUGGACAACACCUCUGUGUUCGGCAGGGUGAUGAGCAUAGGUAGCCGAGAGACCGCAUUCACCUACGCCGUCAGUGCUGCAGGGGUGGUGAACGCUAUCAGCCGGGCCUGCCGCGAAGGGGAACUCUCCACCUGUGGCUGCAGCCGGACAGCCCGACCGAAGGACUUGCCUAGAGACUGGCUAUGGGGUGGCUGUGGGGACAAUGUGGAAUAUGGCUACCGAUUUGCCAAGGAGUUUGUGGACGCGAGGGAGAGGGAGAGGAACUAUGCCAAAGGAUCGGAGGAGCAGGCCCGCACGCUGAUGAACCUACAGAACAACGAGGCGGGACGCAGGGCGGUGUACAAGCUGGCCGACGUGGCUUGCAAGUGCCACGGCGUCUCAGGUUCCUGCAGCCUCAAGACCUGCUGGUUGCAACUGGCCGACUUCCGCAAAGUGGGUGACCUGCUGAAGGAGAAGUACGACAGCGCAGCCGCCAUGAGGAUCAGCCGCAAGGGCAAGCUGGAGCUGGUCAACAACCGCUUCAACUCACCCACUCCAGAGGACCUGGUUUAUGUGGACUCCAGUCCCGACUACUGCCUGCGCAACGAGACCACGGGGUCCCUGGGCACCCAAGGCCGGCUCUGUAACAAGACGUCAGAGGGCAUGGACGGCUGCGAGCUGAUGUGCUGCGGACGGGGCUACGACCAGUUCAAGAGCGUGCAGGUGGAACGCUGCCACUGCAAGUUCCACUGGUGCUGUUACGUGAAGUGUAAAAAAUGCACAGAGAUUGUCGACCAAUACGUCUGUAAAUGAAAGG